AAUUCUUUGAACAGAUGAAUGUUUAUAAAAUCUACUUGAUUUUAUAUGAAUGUCGAGUAGAGAAGUUUACUUUAGGUGAAAACCAACUAUGGAAAUCAUAAUAUUAAUUUGUAUUUUCGCUCUUUUCAUGAUCUCGUUUGCUAGAGACGACUGUACCGCAAGGUAUCAUUACUGGCAACCUUUUUAUGGAACAAUACCAGCCAAAACGUUCAACGCAGGAGUUGAUACAAAUGGUGAAAUUAAAUAUGUUGGCAGGAUUGUUUCUCCAGGGGAACGGACUUGGUCAGCUCCAACCACAUUUUCUGCCACAAAUAUGUGGUCAUACUUUGGAUGGGAAGGGGAAUCAAAUGAUAGGAUCACAAAAUUUAUUGAACUUCUGAUGGUUGAACCAAUCAGACCUGGUUUCGGCUGGGCUCGUGUCUCUAAGAAGAGGGAACUAUAUAAUUUGGAAGAUAAUUGCUGUUUUGUUGAAGGUGGAUACGGUUAUAAAGAUGGGAAAAGAUAUGUAGCUUAUGUUGCUAGAACCCAUGACUCAGGUGGUUAUUACAUUGGAGGCCUUUAUUUACCUGAUUGGAAUAAUAAAGACGCUAUGCAUUACAUGAAGGGAUGGGAGUCCAAGUACAUAGAAAAAGAUUAUGCUAUUCUUGCUUAUGAUUGCUGCACUAAUCAAUAUUGUUCAUCUCAUCAAACUAUAGUAUGUUGUAAAAAGAAGAGAAAUGAUUUCAAAAGGGAGGCAGUUGAUUAUACAAAUAAUACUGAAACUGAGGAUGGAAUUGAUAUAACUUGGAGAAAACCGACUAUUUCUUUGGUAGAUGGCAACAUGUCUACUAUUGUUUUCUGAAAACCAAUAAAUGCUUUUAUGUGACGGUUCUUUAAGGAAUAUUUAUGAAAGACAAAAUAAACCAUGUUUUAUAAUUUCA